UCGGUGAUGUGCGUGACUCCUCCCCUGCAUGUCCGUGGCUCGCCGAGGGUUACACUUCCUCGAGUGGAGCGAAGCCGGACUCUGUUUUUAAAAUUCCUUUUCAUGUGUAUGUUUUGUUAAAGUCUGAAUUGUCGCCAUGUUGACCUUUUCGGAAGUGGCGGUUGUCCUGGCAGCGCUGUGCACCACCGCAUCCGGUUACUUCGUUAGCGUUGAUGCUCACGCCGAGGAAUGUUUUUACGAGCGAGUCAACUCGGGCACCAAGAUGGGCCUCAUGUUCGAGGUGGCUGAGGGCGGCUUCCUGGACAUCGACGUGGAGAUCACAGGUCCAGACGGGAAGCAGAUCUAUAAAGGAGACCGAGAGUCUAGUGGGAAGUACUCUGUGGCUGCACACAUGGAUGGCAUUUACAAGUUCUGCUUCAGCAAUAAGAUGUCCACCAUGACCCCCAAGAUCGUCAUGUUCACUAUCGAUAUCGGCGAGACGCCAAAGGGCGACGGAAUGGAGACCGAGGUUGGUGGUGGCACCUGGGAUGCGUACCAAAACAAACUGGAGGAGAUGAUUAAUGAGCUGGCUGUGGCUAUGACAGCCGUCAAACACGAGCAGGAGUACAUGGAGGUCCGUGAGAGGAUACACCGAGCAAUCAAUGACAACACGAACAGUCGUGUGGUGCUCUGGUCUUUCUUUGAGGCGCUGGUGCUGGUGGCCAUGACCCUGGGACAAAUUUACUACUUGAAGAGGUUUUUUGAAGUGCGGCGAGUCGUUUAAUUCACAAUUUGUAAUGGUUUUUGUAUUCCAAAGUGUUUCGCCGUUAUUUGGACUUGUUUGGAGAAUAAAGACAAGCUAUCAAAAAAAUGGGAAGAUGACCAUGUCCUGCUCACGGACGAGAAAUGGGUUGACCUGUGAAGGCUGCAAAGGCACUCGACUUUUCCAUUCAUGGUCCUGUUUAAGAAUACAUUUUGUAUUUGUGUAAAGGUGCAAUGAUUGACAGAUUUUCUGAAAAUGUUGGACUUGAUCUGAGGUCAGACUUUCACCAAUUGGCUAGCUUCAUGUACGAGGGUGAGUCAAAUGAAAAAUGUUACGAGUCUGACCCUCGGUAAGAGGCGGGGCUAUUUUGCAUUGGACGAAAUGGAGAUGAUGGAGAAAUGUGUUUUUGUGGCACCUAUUUGCAAUAUACAAUGCAAAAUAAAAAAAAAACUUUUGACUCACCCUCAUGGUAUUUGAAAGUCAUUAAUUGGGGAAAAUUCAAUUGGUGCACCUUUUUAAAAUAUAUUUAAGAUAUCAGGAUUAUCCCACAAAAUAAAUUUGACCUGUGUUUAAAAGAUUUUUUUUUUUUUGUGUGUGUGUAUAUAUAAAUCAGAAACAUUAGUCAGGUGUUGGGGCUUUAAGGCAAACAGGUAGAUAAAGGAGUUGUGUUCCCUGAUUCUUGCUGUUAUCACAAAUGUUUCUUCCCUGUGAUGAUGCACUGUACCAAUUAGUAAAUUGGAACACACAACAGGAGUCGGUACUUGAUUUUGGUUCAUGGGGUGGUGCUGCUGGUGGUCAGGGUUGGCUUUUAUUAAUAUCUUAUGUUAAAAUCAUCAUACCCUCUCUGCCAACUGGGUACAAAUCGGGAGUUUCUUGGUCACCUCCGAUCAGUUGUUAGUGAGAGAAAACUGACCGCUUUUUUUUUUUUGUACUUUCCCUUUUAUGUAAAGGAUGUUUUGGAAAUGGUUUAAAGAGAGAAAUCCUGUGUUUUUAACAUCAGCUUUGAUUUUUAGUUCGAAGUCUAGAUUUCAGUUGUUUUGACUGAAGCUCAUUUAUUUACAGACUGUUUGUCUGUAAUUUUGAAAUAAAUUUAAACUCCUGUGUAUAAAAUCACACUUCCUCAGGGUUUGGUAUUCAGACCUGAAUGAGAAGCCUCAACCUAAGGUUGCUCUCCACAAUUACGGAGAAUCUUGUUUUCUUUUUGUUGAAGGAAACUCUUAAAGUUGGCGUUCUGAGCAAAUGAUUGUAUGGUUAUUAGUUCAAAUUAAAGGUGUGCAUUGUC